GCAUCCUGGGAAGGCUAGGCCUGUAGUGAAGCCUGAGUUGGCCGUGCCACCCAGUGACAGGUUGCCAUGGCGAUGGCCCAGAUGGCGAGGAGCCUGGUACCCCGCCUCAGUUGGGGACUGGUGCCCCAGGCUUGCAGAAGCUUCUCCCUGGGAGCCCCCUUCCAGGCCUUUUUGAAGAACCAGGUACCGGUCCCCAAGGAGGUGGAUCGCUGGACAGAGAAGAGGACAGCGUUCGGAGCAUACGACAACAUCGGGAUCCUGGGAGGGUUUCAAAGACACCCUAAGGAUCUAAUCACCGGGCCCCAGUGGCUGCGGGGCUGGCGGGGGAAUGAACUGCAACGCUGCCUCCGUAAAAAGCAGAUAGUGGGUCCUCGCAUGUUCAAGGAGGACUAUCAGAAGCUCCUGAAGCGCAUCAGAUACCUCUACAAACACUACAAUCGCCGGGGGAAAUAUCGCUAGGAGGAGGGAAACACUGCUGCCCCACGAACUCCACCCCUUUUGGCACCUGUGUCCCCUGUCCCCCCCUUGAUUCCAUCCCCAGGUGCUUAGCACACUGCAGUGCACGCAGUGGACACUCAAUAAAUACCAUUGCUGCCACUCA